CCAUAACAUCCGGUAUGUGUUAUCGUCCUAUAUAUAGGUCAACACCGGUCUCCGAUAAAGCCAGUCUGAGCGUGGAACACAUCCGAAAUGGCAGCGUCACCACCCGUCCAGAAGGCUUCGACACAUGUACCAUCGCUCGAUGAAGUUGCCAAAGCUCUGUCCGGCGGGUUAUCCCAGAACUUUGCCAACGUCAGUACCAGUGUUGUCGACUGUCCAGACCUCACAAAGAAGCCCUUCAUGUUGGUUUCCGAAGGGCUAGGAGGCAAUCCCAGACUGGCGGACGUAGGAGGACCAGGGUUCCUGACCCCUACCCCACAAACUGACAAGAAAUUUACAUUUGCACAAAUUGCAAAGUUGGCCGAGUUGCCUGGGGCUUUUAUGAUUGGAGCCGGUGCUGGACCCUGUCAGCAUGUGGGUUGUAAUAGUGAGUUGAUGAAUAAUAUUUUGCUGGACAGCAAUGGAGGCGUAGUGAGAAACAACGCUCACAUUGCUAAAGUCAACCCAGAGAACAAUGCCUGUGUCCUGGAGAAACUAUCCUGUCCGGAGUUUAAUCUGAUGGGAAACUUUCUGAUCUCCGAGGGAAAGAGUGGCAAGGUGUUAGAGGUGAAAGCUGGAAAGAGGACCGGAGAGGAAAACUUUGUCUCCUGCAUGCGCAAGACACUGAAGAGUUACUAUGGCGACAAGAUAGUAGCACUAGGCGGUGUGUUCCUCAUAGAGAAGGGCAAAGCAAACCUCCACAUCAUGCCAGACUUUGCCAAAGAACCCCUACAUACUAAUGAGGAGGUGAAGAACUGGCUCAAAUUUUACGACAUGUCGGCGCCUCUAGUGUGUGUUGGGGAACUGGUGUCCCACGACCCGGGUAUGGAUCUGCGCGUGGAGCACUUUCACUGCUUCAGUGAGCACGGAGAGGGUGGUCACUACCACUGGGACACGACCCCCGAGGACGUACAAUACCGCGGCUACUUCGUCCUAGCCGACUACAUAUACAGGGUGGACCAGCCUCCAAAUAUCACAGACCUCGCCCGUUAGAUUGUUCCUAGUCUAUCAUCACUCGCAGACCUCGCCCAUUAGAUUGUUCCUAGUCUAUCAUCUCCUCACAGACCUCGCCCAUUAGAUUGUUCCUAGUCUAUCUCCUACAUAAACACUGAUGCACUGCUGCUCUAUUGUAUUUUGACAGUACUAUGCUGACUGUCUACUUGGACACUGAGAAAUCAAGAAAACAUAUUUCCAAAUGGGCAAAAUACAUCCUUUCUAACUCGAGCGACCCGCAAUGAAAUGUGUAGGAGCUGUCCACUAAUUGAUGUCGAUUCGGCUGCGCUGUAUGUGCAUGUAUUAUAUUUGUUAUAUAUGUACCGAAAUGUACUUGGUCAUAGAUGUGCAAGGGUCUUUGAAACUUUCCCUGAUAGUUUAGUAUUUCUCUGGUCUGUUAUUAAACGGCACUAUUUAUACAUAUAAUUGGCAAUAGAAUCAAUAAAAAAGGUUUUUGCAU